GAUAAGGCUGAGAAACCCUUUUGCCUCACUGCCCAGCUUCUACCUCCCAGCUCAGCAGGUGCCUUUGACUUUGCUGAUGGACUCAUGGCAGACGGCUUCUCGCAUGUACCAGUGCUGUGAUUCCUCUGUGCCCUCUCUCCCAGGUAAACUUCUGGACCUGAGAGAUGUCCUGCUACAACCAGUGCCAGCCCUGCCAGCCCUGUGGCCCGACUCCACUGGCCAACAGCUGCAAUGAGCCCUGCGUCAGGCAGUGCCAGAACUCCACCGUUGUCAUCCAGCCCUCCCCCGUGGUGGUGACCCUGCCUGGCCCCAUCCUCAGCUCCUUCCCGCAGAACACCGUUGUGGGCUCCUCCACCUCCGCUGCUGUUGGCAGCAUCCUCAGCUGUGACGGAGUCCCCAUCAACUCCGGGUGCUGUGACCUCUCCUGCAUCACCAGCCGCUACUGUGGCAGAAGGUGCCCCCCCUGCUAAAGCCCCUGGUGACAGCCCGGGCAAGGACCACCCCAAAACCAGCAGCGGAUGCUGAACUGAGGACAGAGCUCCCGGCCAUUCAUUUCAGAGAGGCUGAACAUCCAGUGCUGCCCUUCCAAAGGAGGGCAGCGGAGGCCCUCUGAAAACAUGGCCAAAGUCUAAAUCCCCUGCCUUCCACUACCUCCGAUCUCUUUCUUGCCUUCUUUUGUUCUUCUGGGCCGUAAGAUCCCCAGACC